AUGUCCGCCGCCCAAGCACUCCGCGAGAAGCAAGCACCCAUCAAAGAAGGGUACCGCAGCAAUCCUUCCUCUGCCGUCGUAACCCUCAAAUCCACGGGUUCUCUAGACGACCAUUCGAUAACAUGCAAGCUCUCGGAUAGCCCAGCUAUCAAAGAAGCGCAUCGUGUAGCCGGCCUGCACCAGAAAGCAGGAGGUGAAGACCCCGCUAUAUCGGGAGAGCUCUGCUCCGGCGACAUGCUUCUCGACGCCCUCGUUGCCUGUUCCGGCGUCACGCUCAAAGCCGUUGCCACAGCCCUGGGCAUCCCGAUUGCAUCCGGUACUGUGACUGCCGAAGGCGACUUGGAUUUCAGAGGCACAUUGGGAGUAGACAAGACAGCGCCUGUGGGCAUGACGGGCAUACGAUUGAACUUUUCACUCCAGUUUGGCGAGAGAGAAGAUGGACGCGAAGUCACGGAGCAGGAGGUGGAGAAGCUGGGAAAGCUGACCGAGAGAUAUUGCGUUGUGCUCCAAACGCUGGUCCACAAGCCCACGAUUGCUGUCAACUUGGCUGGCAAGGGGGGCGGCAAGGAGGAGGCGGGACCCAUCAAUCUACAUCUUAUCAAGCACGAAUAA